AUGUGGGGGAGAGGGGGCCCCGGACAAGCUCAGCACGUGCUGCGAAUGGCUGCGAGAAGGACAGCGCAGCAAGAGCGGGGCGACGGAUACGUCGCGACUAUUGACGUGGACGAGCAUCCUAUGCCGAAGCUAGUGUUGGGAGAUGAGCUCUCGUUGUUUGACGGCGCGGCGACGAUUCUCCUAGCAGCGCACGAGAAGCAGGGCCCGUACGACGUGGACGUGUACGCGUUAAAAGUAACCGGUGUGAUUGAAGCGGAGGUUCGCGUUCGACGGGUGCACCCUCUGUUACAAGAACCUGAUGACGCUGAGGCGCACAUCAACCUGGCUAUCCUCGAUGUAGCGUACUCCCCUACAGUGCACGGCCUCUUGGGUCAAUUCUACCGAGCCAACGCCACGUCAGAACCCACGCUAAACUACUCCAUUCUGUCACACCUAAUGGCCAUGCCAUUGGUUCCUUCCCCCGAAUCGUCUUCCGAUGGGGAGCUUGAGGGAGUACCAGAAGAUUACGUCACGUCCUCCCUCCUCGCUCCUGACUGCAAAUUCACUCAAUUCUCGCUCUUCCCUAAGAAGACCACCAGGGUCGACAGCGUAGAAGACACGGCGGCUGAGGCAGCUGAAAUGGCUCUAGGGGAAGCUGACAUGACUGAAUCGAUCCUUUCAAAAGCAGCUGAAAUGGCUAACCAAGUAGCUGACGCUGCUGCUGCCGUGAAUCCCGAAGAGACUACUCUCAAGCUCUCUCAAGUGGGGUCAGCUGAUAAUGAGCAAAGAACUGCUUUUUGA